GCUGUAUGCUUGUUGGAGGACCAAAAGCUGAAUCCAGGGAACUUGGGAGCCAAGAAAAAGAUAAGCAAAACCAACUUACACGCGUCUUACGCUUACCACAAAACAAUAGACCACUUCAAGGACCCGCACAUUAGUUUGGAACAUCACCGUCAACCAAGCCUCUGCUCUGUGACAUUUCCUCAAACACACGCAGUGCAUUAGCUCUCGAAGUGGGGAAAAAUGUCGCUGAGGCCGAGCACGAGAACAGAGGUUAGGAAGAAAGCGUACAAGACGGGUGUAGAUGCGGAUGAGGCGAGGAGGAGGAGAGAGGACAAUCUUGUAGAGAUCAGAAAGAAUAAGCGAGAAGACAGUCUUCUGAAGAAGCGAAGAGAAGGUCUAUUGCUUCAGUCCCAACAUUUGCUUGAUGCUGCUCAAAAUGCAGCCGCCAUCGAAAAGCGGCUGGAAAGUAUUCCUUUGAUGGUUCAAGCAUUGUGGUCUGAUGAUCCAGCUUCGCAGUUAGAAGCAACUACUCAGUUUAGAAAGCUAUUAUCAAUUGAACGAAGUCCUCCUAUUGACGAAGUAAUUAAAGCAGGUGUUGUCCCACGGUUUGUGGAAUUUCUUGGAAGGCAUGGUCUCCCUCAAUUACAAUUUGAGGCUGCAUGGGCUUUGACCAAUGUUGCAUCUGGGACAUCAGAGCAUACACGAGUUGUCAUUGAGCAUGGUGCUGUUCCCAUGUUUGUGCAGCUUCUUGGUUCUGCAAGUGAUGAUGUUAGAGAGCAGGCGGUAUGGGCUCUGGGUAAUGUUGCCGGUGACUCCCCAAGUUGCAGGGAUCUUGUUCUUGGUCAUGGUGCUCUAAUGCCAUUGCUAGCUCAACUAAAUGAACACUCUAAGCUAUCCAUGCUACGUAAUGCUACUUGGACUUUAUCUAAUUUCUGCCGUGGCAAGCCACCAACACCAUUUGAUCAGGUAAAGCCUGCAUUGCCAAUUCUCAGACAACUAAUCCACUUGAAUGAUGAAGAAGUUCUAACAGAUGCUUGCUGGGCACUCUCUUAUCUUUCAGAUGGUCCAAAUGACAAAAUUCAAGCUGUCAUUGACGCUGGUGUCUGUCAACGGCUAGUGGAGCUUUUACUUCAUCCAUCACCUACAGUUUUGAUACCUGCCCUCCGGACAGUGGGAAAUAUUGUUACUGGCGAUGAUACACAGACUCAGUUUGUAAUCGACAACCAAGCUCUUCCACGCCUCUACCAACUUCUCAUGCAAAAUCACAAAAAAAGUAUAAAGAAAGAAGCCUGUUGGACAAUCUCAAAUAUUACAGCUGGAAAUAGAACCCAAAUACAGGCUGUUAUUGAGGCCAAUAUUAUAGUCCAUCUUGUACACCUUCUCCAGAAUGCAGAGUUUGACAUUAAGAAAGAGGCUGCAUGGGCCAUCUCAAAUGCUACCUCAGGAGGAUCUCAGGAACAGAUUCAAUUUCUAGUGAGCCAAGGUUGCAUGAAGCCUCUGUGUGACCUUCUAAUAUGUCCAGACCCAAGGAUUGUAACAGUUUGCCUUGAGGGGUUGGAGAACAUUCUGAAGGUGGGUGAGGCUGACAAGGAAAUGGGAAAGAAUAACGGAGUUAAUCUGUAUGCACAAAUGAUUGAUGAAUGCGAUGGAUUGGAUAAAAUUGAGAAUCUGCAGACCCAUGACAACAAUGAAAUUUAUGAGAAGGCAGUGAAAAUUUUGGAAAGAUACUGGGCUGAGGAAGAAGAGGAACAGAAUGUUGAAGAUGGUGAUGGAAAUCAGCAGGGUUUUGGUUUUGGAACUAACCAGCUGAACGCUCCCCAAGGUGGCUUCAAAUUUGGGUGAUGUGGUGGGUAUGAGGCUGGUUUUUUUAUUAUUAUUAUUAUUAUUAUUAUUAUUAUUUUUUGGGUUUUCUUUUUAUUUAGCCUUUUAGGUGUACUGUUCGUCUGAAAAUUUAAACUAUACUUGUUAUUGUUGCCAAGGGUUUUUUGUCUGGCACAUUGGGCUAUAGUUGAUUUAUGGAAAUUGUUAAAAGUGUUCAGUUUGCAGUGUUC